AUAAAAAUUCUUAUAAUAUUUCUAUUAACGACCAUGAUUACAACACUAUUAAUAACUAUCAGCUUCUGGCUACCUCAAACCUCCCCGAAUGCCGAAAAAAUGUCCCCAUUUGAAUGUGGCUUUGACCCACUUGGAUCAGCUCGACUACCUUUUUCUCUACGCUUCUUCUUAGUGGCAAUCCUAUUUUUACUAUUUGAUUUAGAAAUCGCCCUACUACUACCAACCCCAUGAGCUAUUAACAACCUCAACCCAGAAACUACAUUACUAUUGACUUACUUAAUUAUUAGUAUUUUAACUCUUGGCCUAAUUUAUGAAUGAUAUCAAGGAGGCCUAGAAUGAGCAGAAU